UCUGUGCUUACAGGGGAUGAACUUGGACAUAAAUGAUGUGAUUGAAAAAUCAAGAAAGGCUGGAGUUCAAGCCUUUGUUUCUGUUACAGAGCAGCAAAGUGAAUUUGAGGAGGUUCUUGAUCUAGCAGAAAGGUAUCCAGAGUCUAUCAUGGCAUGUUUUGGGAUUCAUCCGAUUCAGGGCAGUGCAGAUGGACAUCGCAGUGUUACUGUUCAGGACUUGGAACCUGCCCUUCCAUUCUUUGAGAAGCACAAAGAUAAGCUGGUGGCUAUUGGAGAGAUCGGUCUAGACUUCACUCCAUGGUUUGUGUCCAAAUCCCAGCAACGUGAGGAGCAGCAAAAGGUCUUUGCGUUACAGCUGGAUAUAGCUAAACAACUAGACCUGCCAGUAAACGUUCAUUCUCGUUCGGCUGGGAGACAAACUAUUGCUUUUCUUAAGGAGCAAGGUAUUCGGAAUGCACUGCUUCAUAACUUUGCUGGCAGGCCCUCUGUUGCCCUGGAAGGAGUACAAGCUGGCUUUUGUUUUUCUUUUCCUCCAGCUGUCACAAGGAAUGAUCAGCGAGCAAAGUUAAUAAGACAGAUUCCACUAGAGAACAUUUGCUUGGAGACCGACUCACCCUCUCUUGGCCUAAAGAAAGAGGAGAGAAAUGAACCAGAGCAGAUCAGGAUUUCUUGUCAGUACAUUGCUGCAGUGAAAGGAGUAUCAGUAGAAACAGUCUGUGAAGUAACAACAUGUAAUGCCCUGAAGCUGUUCCCCAAAGUUCACCAGCGGUUGAAACAAUGAACACUUGCCAAACAACAAUAAAAAGAGAGCAUCUGAAACACAGCUCUGCUCUGUAGUUUGUGGUUUGGGGCUUUAUUUUAUAUAUUUUUUACAGUGUACAUGUACAUAUUUCAUACUAUGGAUGAUAUCAUCACAGGGGUAUAUGUGGAAUUUUUGUAUUACCAAAAUGACAUCUUAAAGAAUAAAAGCCCAAUAAAGUUUUA